GACGCCCCGCCCCCCGGGCUCAGACUGCGGACUGCUCCAGGACCAGAACCCAACGCUUCGGAUUCGUACUGAUUAAUUAUAGAUUGGCUUGUGAUCAGCUGAUCGAUCAGCUGUGAUCGGUUCGGUUAGUCGGAGGGGAUGUCCCGGCUGCUGGAGAGCAGGAGACAGGACAGGAUGAAGGAAAUCAAUCUGAAGAAUAAGGAGAAGGCGCGCCUGAAGGAGCGGGAGAAGGAGGCGCGAGAGAGGGAGGCCAGGUCCAGCAACGGUCACCUGUUCACCUCCCUGACGGUGUCCUCCACCACCCUGUGCUCCUCCUGCAACAGGAGCAUCACGGCCAAGGAGGCGCUCAGCUGCCCAGCCUGCAAUGUCACCAUCCAUAACCGCUGCAGAGACAGUCUGGCCAGCUGUGCCAAGAUGAAACAAAAGCAACAGAAGCUGGCGUUGGCGAGAAACAAUUCAGCUCUGCAGAAUGUCGCCAUGCGAACAAAAACUCCGAUGAUGAAGGAGCGUCCGAGCUCGGCCAUCUAUCCCUCAGACAGCCUUCGUCAGUCGCUGCUCGGGUCCAGAAGGGUUCGCUCCGGCCUCUCACUUGCCAAGAGCGUCUCCACCAAUAACCUUGCAGGUGUGACUGAGGACUCUAUAGGUCUCAGGAGGAUUCUGUCUCAGUCCACUGAGUCGUUGAACUUCAGGAGCAGGACCUUGUCCAUGGAGUCUCUGACUGAUGACGGUGAGUGGUGGUGGAGCUCCCUGCUGGAGGAGCUGCAGGUGGAGGGCAGCUGUGUUCAGGCCGACAGCUGGAGUCUCGUUGUGGAACCAAACUUCUUGCAGACGCUUCAUAAAGACCUCAUAAAGAAACAAGACGUUAUCUACGAGUUGAUCCAGACAGAGUUCCACCACGUGCGGACGUUGCGGAUCAUGGAGGGGGUGUUCCGGCGGGGGAUGCAGGAGGAGGUGAUGCUGGAGGCGGGCGUGGUUCACACCAUCUUCCCCUGCCUGGACCAACUGCUGGAGUGGCACUCAAGCUUCCUGUCGGAGCUGCUCAACAGGAGGAAGGAGGGUCUGAUGGAGGGUAGCUCAACCAACUUCACUGUCCGCAACAUCGGUGACCUGCUGCUCAGACAGUUUUCAGGUCAGUGUGCGGACGACAUGAAGAAAAUUUACGCUGAGUUCUGCAGUCGACACCCGAAAGCUGUGAAACUCUACAAAGAAGUUUUAACUCGAGACCGACGACUGCAGCAGUUUAUCAGGCGCGUCUGUCGUGGUCCUCUGCUGCGUCGCCAUGGUGUCCAGGAGUGCAUCCUGCUGGUGACACAGCGACUCACCAAGUACCCCGUCCUCAUCCAACGAAUCCUCGACUACACCAAAGGCAAUGAAGAGGAAGCGCAGGCGUUGAGCAAGGCACUGCAGCUCCUGAAGGAGCUCAUUAGCUCGGUGGACCAGGAGGUGCUGGAGCUGGACCGGACCAGGAGGCUGCAGGAGAUCCAGGCACGUCUGGACCCCCGGGCUCAGGCGGAGGUCCAGGGAGGAGGAGUGUUCAGAGGAGGAGAGCUGCAGAGGAGGAGGCUCCUCCACGAGGGGAUGCUCCACUGGAAGGUCCAGGGCUCCAGGAUGAAAGAUGUUCAGGUCCUGCUGAUGUCAGACAUCUUGGUUUUCCUUCAGGAGAAAGAUCAGAAGUUCACUUUUGCCUCACUGGACAAGUCUCCAGUGGUCUCUCUGAAUAACCUGAUCGUCAGAGACAUAGCCAACCAGGAGCGAGGGAUGUACCUGAUCAGUGCCACCACCCCUCCAGAGAUGUACGAGCUGCACGCUUCAUCCAAAGACAACCGCAGGACCUGGAUGAGCCGCAUCCAGCAGGCUGCUGUCAGCUGUCCGUCCAGAGACGAGUUCCCUCUCAUCGAGACUGAAGACAAAGCUUUACUGCGCAGACUGAGAGCCGACAUUCAACAGAAGGACAGGGAGAUUCUGGAGCUGCUGCAGGAGAGAGUCACUCUGUUUUCUGACCUGGUGGAGGCGACUGGAAGAGGAGGAGGAGAAGAAGAAGAAGAAGAAGAAGAAGGAAGUGAGAAGCUCAACACUUCCUCAUCAACCACCACCUCCUCCACUAGGAACCUGUUCAGAGCCGACACUCCUCACGCUCCUCAGGCCGAGCCGCUCCUCAGCACCUCCAUCACUGAAGUGGACAAACUGACCGAACUGCUGCUCAACUCCAGCAUCACCAAAUCCACCGUAACCAACGGCAACCAGGAGCUCAGCAAUGGUGACUCAGGUUCUUUUGAGCUGAACAGCGGCUCCUCGAAGGACAAAAACGGUAACCAGCUGCAAGAACGAACCCUAAAACAGGAAGUCUGUCAGCGACUGGUCAGUCUGAGCACACAGCUUCACGCCCUGCAGGCUGCUGUGAUUCGUCAGGAUUCUAUCCUGGAACUGUUUAUCAAAACAGGCCCCGCCCCCAACCCCACUCCAGGACCCCGCCUCAGUCGGUCAAUGUCGCGGGAUACAGGACUGGAUGCCAGCGGGGAGGCGGUGCUGCUGCGACGGCAGGUGGAGCUGCUGCAGGAGGAAGUGACACGGCUACGUCUGAAGGGGGAGGACCCAGCGAGAGAGGGGGCAAAGCUAGGCACCAACGGAGAGAUCAGUGAUGUCAUCAAGGGAGAAAAGCAGGGGAGCAGGAGGCGCGGCAGCAGGGAAUUGGAGUCCCGCCCCCUUGCACCAUUGGCCAGCCAGGAUCCAGUUGACCAAUUAGAUGGUGUCCAGGAGGGAAACGAGGAGGAAGAGGAGGAAGUGAUGCGAAUCUCUCCUCGCUCUGACAGCCCCAGAGACCUGCAGGACAUCCCAGAGGAGAGCGAGUGUGGAGCUGAUCCCAGUUAACAUCACACCUGUGACUGAUGACCUCAGGGACCUCUGCUGAUGUCACGGUGAUGUCACAGUGAUGUCACUGACAGACUUUUACACAGAAAGCUGGAGCUGGAGGUGACAUCAUUUCCUGUUUUACAGAAGCGCUUUAGACCCAAACAGACUUCUGAUGUCGUACUUUUGCUCCAAAGUGUUUUCUGAACGUUGCUGUUAGGUUAGAAACAUGAAGUGUAACCGUGCCACCUGUUUACAUUAUCACGUUGGCUGGAGCCCCGCCCACAUGUGCUGGAGUGGGUGGGGCUUUGUAUCAGGAAGGCGGGGUUUAAAUUGUGUCGUAGGAACUGUUUUUUUUUCUGUCUGGUUCCCUUAGUGAAACUCAAAGAUGAGACACCACACUACAUUACCCAGAAUGCCUUUGGAUAUCAACAACUUGAGUCACAACCUGCUGUUAUGAUCUGUGUUAUGACACAGUUUUCUUCUUCUGAGAAACAAACAGUUUAAACUGUAUUUAUAUGGUAACUUAAAACUAAAAGUAGUUUACAUUAGAGAUAUUCUGUAGGAUUUUUAGGCUAAGAGACUCAAAUUUGUGUUUCUGUCAUGUGUGAAACCAAAAAAACCUUAUUUUUAAAAUUUAGUAACAAAGUUUGGGAGCAAGUAAGUAAUUUAUACGUUUACAGAAAUCUUACCAGGAUUAAACAAGUGAGUCAGUUUUUAAAAGGUCACAAAGUUUAGUUUGUAUCAGCAAUAAAUAAUACAAAAAUAAUCGUCCACGCCUUUCAAAUGUUAUCAGCCCGUUAACGGUCAGUGUGCAGGAUUUAGAGGCAUCUAUCGGCAGAAAUGGAAUAUAAUAUUCAUAACUAAGUUUACAUUAGUUUAUUAUUAUGUUAAAAUAAGAAUUGUUGUGUUUUUGUUAGCUUAGAAUGAGCCGUUUAUAUCCACAUACAGAGCAGGUCCUCUUGCAUUUCUACAGCAGGCCGGAAUUAACAAAUCAAACACUGGCUCUAGAUCGGGCCUUCGUUUUUUUGUGUUUGAGUGCUGGCUACCAUAGUCCUCCUACAAGCUUGGCACAUGGGAGAAGUUUCAGUUCCAUAACCUCACCACUAGAUGUCACUAAAUCUUGCACACUGGACCUUUAAAUGUCUGCUAUCAGUUGUUAUCACUGCCAGUAUGAUGCUUCAAACAGGGCAUACUGCACCUAUCAGUGGGCCAAAACAUGCAUAUCCAAUUACAGAAAUGGUCACAGUUUGGUUAGGUUUUGGAAAUAAUCAUGGUCUCUCUGAAAAAAUCAAAACGAUUAUAGCCUAUAAAAACGAUAGUACGUUACGUAACUCAAGUUACAUAUGCAUGUUUUCUAGGACUGACAAAAUAUCGUGUUAAUUUCUCUAAAUUAAUCACAGAAAGAAUAACGUGUUAAAAAAAUUAACACUGAUCGUGUUCUGUGGCACUUUGACCCUGUGUAUCGUUGAAAGCCACAGUGGCUUUGUCACAUGAUGACGAGGCGACGCUGCUUUGCCCUGUGAAUGGAACAUUUACAUUUAAAAAACGCCCAGAUGGAGCUGUUGAUAGGAGCACUGUUCUCUGCUGUGUCUGCAGUAAGGAAUAUUCGAGAACUUCAAGCCUGAAAUAUCACCUCAACGCAGCAUUUUGUAGCAAACCUUGACGUCCUCUGAUGCUAGUGCUCGCAGCCAGCCUCGUUAAGCCACGCUCGACCAGGCGUUCAAACUGAGUAAGUCUACCUGUGACCGACUAACUCACUCCCUGCAAAAUGGACUGUCGAGCAGUUUGGGUGGUAGAGGACAGGGGGACAAUUGUGUCCAAAAUCCAGCAGCUUUACUACGACACAUCUGCCAAAAUUCAUUUGAAUUUAAAUGUUUAAAUAUUUUCACAGCAAAUAUUGAUGCAUGCGGUUAAUUUAGAUUAAACAAACACAGAGUAUGUGGUUAAUUAGAUUAAUUUUUUUAAUCGCUUGCCUACGCAUGUGUUAAAGUACGUUACAUAUGUGACUCCUCCAGUGCUGCCAAACAGUACAUGUAAAUAUAGGAGGUAGAUUAGAGCCAUACCGCCUCAGAUCUAUGCUCCUGAUGACAAAUGAUAGUUAAUGGGCUGAUAACAUUCAAAGUGACUGACUGAUGGCGGUGAUGAUUUUCAUGGAUGCAUGAAGAGAACUGGAGAUAGCGUUUGAGGCGAGGCCCUCUGCAUUCCUAUGAAAAUUACUCAGUGGCACAUGAAGCUGAAAACAUUUGACUUCCCAGGUGUGAAAUUACCCGGAUCUUCUGUAUCACUUGGUCCACAGAGCAGGUGCACUACAGACCUCCAGCGGUUGAGCGGCUAACUUUAGGUUUAGCCCUUCGCUCAUUUAAAUAAGGGAUAAAAUGAUUUUAUAGUGCGGCUCUUUCAGACUUUUGAAAUGUUAUCUGACUGAAUGGAUCAAAUCCUGAUAGUGAAAGAAGUAAUUUCGUGGGGGUUGUUAUGCUUAUAAAAAUGAAACCACUGAUUUACAGAUGUCUGCUUCACAAUGUAAGUUUAGGGAAAGGUCAUUUUGAACCCAAUGGUCUUACAUUUCAGUUGUAAUUUCGCUGUUUGGCCAGUUUGAAAAUUGGUGUUGUGGGGCCUGGUGAGUCUCACAGAGAUCUGACUCAGUUGCUGGGGGGGGGGGGAGCUGAUGAAGAAACAGGAAACUGUUUGCUGUCUGACUGAAACAUGAGAUCACUGCUGCAGCGCUCCUAAUAUGUCUGAUAGCAUGUUAGCGUGGCUGUUUCCUUUAUAGCCUACUUGUAUAAACUUGAUCGUAUAUUGUCUUAUUGAUUGGUUGGUUUUGACCAAUGUUUUUUUUUAUUUU